AUGGAUUUGAAGACGAGGAUUCACCUGGAGCUCAGAAACAGGACGGCGUCUGACCACCACCUGAAGAAGAUGGAGGGAAGGCGUCUGGACUUUGACUAUAAGAAGAAGCGUCAGGGCAAAGUGACAGACGAAGAGAUCAAACAGGCGCUGGAGAAGUUUGAUGAAUCAAAAGAGAUCGCUGAGCAAAGCAUGUUCAACCUGCUGGAAAGUGAUAUAGAGCAGGUGAGCCAGUUGGCUGCCCUGGUUAAAGCUCAGCUGGAUUAUCACAGACAGGCCACUGAUGUCCUCCAGCAGCUCUCCAGCAAGAUGGAGGAGAGGAUAAUGGAGGCCUCCAGUAAGCCAAGAAAAGAAUACAUUCCUAAACCACGCAUGGAGCUUCAGCUGCCCAGUGAAACGCACAAUGGAGGAAUACACACUGCUAAGUCACCUGCUCGCUCCCCAGCUCCUCUGGAUCAGCCAUGCUGUCGUUCUCUGUAUGACUUUGAGCCAGAGAACGAGGGCGAGCUGGGCUUUAAGGAAGGCGACAUCAUCACACUGACCAAUCAGAUUGAUGAUAACUGGUAUGAGGGGAUGAUCCACGGCCAGUCGGGAUUCUUCCCCAUCAACUAUGUCGAUGUCCUGGUUCCUCUGCCUCAUUAGGCUCUGCCAUUUGCUAUGCUUCACCCACUUCAUCACCAUUUCUCCUAAUGAUGAUGAUGAUGAUGAUGAUGAUGAUGAUGAAGGGGUUACAGUAAAUUAUUAAUACACUAUGAAGUGUUUGUUUGCCCGUGCAGUGUUGCGAGUAGAGGCAGCUCAGGUGUGUAUGUGCAUAGGUGUGUGUGUGUGUGUGUGUGUGUGUGUGUGUGUGUGUGUGUGUGUGUGUGUUUGACCUGUAUAAAUACUCCACUUAUCACACUAAUUAUAUCUCAGUAUUUCACACUUUCUCCACACGUUUAAUGUCAGUGAAAAAUAAUGUAUAAAUAUUAAUAAGCAUCUUGUCAUCUUCCUGCUUUAAGGCUCAGGUUCCAACCUUCUUCACCUUCACAUCACAUGACCUUUACUCUCCAGCUGUAACGUAGGCUUUGUUCAGUAAGAGUUUGAGAUCAUCCCUGAUGGCAUAAGGAAUAAAAAUGACAGGCCAUGAGCAGACACCUCAUUUUUAACAACCAAUCACAGGCUGGAUUGUGUCUGAUUGGUUCCCCAGAGUUCUCUCAUAUCCAAUCAAAACCCUUAAAUCAUAGGCUGGAGGCUCCAGAGAUGGCAGCCAGUUUAUGAGCUUUCAUUUCUCCUGAAUUCUUUUACUUGUAUGUUAUUUUUUGCACUUUAUUUUCUGUUAGUGUGCUGUAGUGCUGCUAUAUUAAUUAAUUUAUUAAUUAGUUUGUGUUUAUUAUUUAGUUAUUUAUUGUUUGUUAAAUUCAUUCAACUCUUCUGUAGUUUUAGUUCGUGUGUGUGUGUGUGUGUGUGUUUGUGUGUGUUUGUGUGUGUGUGUGUGUGUGUGUGUGUUUAUUUCUCCCCUUGUUCUUCCAUCACAGCUGAUAAACCUUUCAUUAAGUUUGUAUGUUUUCUCUGUUUUGUUUUCAUUAGCAUUAGCAUGUUAGCAUUUCUGAUUGACAGGAGCACAGUGAUUAGUGUGUUAUUAAGCUGCACAUGUGACUGAUGUGAUCUAAUCUAAUCUUUUCUAAUACAAAAGCACAGAAUUGCUCCCGGCUGCAUGUGUGUGUGUCUCAGUGAUGGUCUUUAAGCUAAACGACAGUUUGUUGUGCUCAGAUUUAUCAUCAUAAUAAUGACCAAUGGGUUUUUUUCACUGAUUCAAACCUCCAAAACUCCACCCAGGUUUAUUAUGUAUGUACAUAAACAUGUGGUCCACACUGAUAAUACACCAAAUAAAUACCACUAUAUAAAGUUUAGCUAUUUAUUCUCAGUAAUUCUGCUACUGAAUCUCACUGGGACGUUCAGACUAAUCAAUAAAUAAUGACUAAUUAUUCAAUAAUUAAUUCAAUAAUGAAUGAAACACUUAUGAGUUUAUUGAUAUCCAGCAAUUAUUGUAAUCAUUACAGCAAUAACUGUUCUGGUGUGAGUCGAUCACACUGCUGAUCCCUCCAUCACUACACCUCUGAGUGUGUGUGUGUGUGUGUGUGUGUGUGUGUGUGUGUGUGUGUGCGUGUGUGCGUGCGUGUGUGUGUGUGCGUGCGUGUGUGUGCGUGCGUGUACUGCUGCAUGUUUUUGUGUUGAACAAAACCUGAAGGUGGAUUAAUUAAAUGUUUGAUGCAUAUAUUCA